AUGCGUAUUUGUUGUUUUCUCCCGUGUGUUGGUUGUUCCCUUUUUUUCCCCCAUCUCUCUACCUGCAAGUUUUUAUUUCUGCUGCAGUUCUUUUUGUCUUAUUGGCCGAAUUUUUUUUUUGUUUUCCUUUUUUUUAUUUAUUUUCUUUUGUUAUUUUGCUUGCUGACUGCGAAGCCCUUUUUUCUUGCCGUGCGUGCGCCACGUCAACAAAAGUCGAUGUCCGAGGAGGAAUUUGCGGAGGUGUUUGGUUUCCUGCUGAACAAUCGCGAGGAUGUGCGGAAGAUGGCGGUGAAGGGCAUUGCACAGCAGAGCAAAGACAACUCCGCCCUUUUUGCCUUUCUCGCCUCACCGACGCAUGGGCCACGUUCAUUUGAUGCACUUCUACAGUUUUUUCACGCCGGUGGCUUUCAGCUUCUGGGCGACAUUUUGACGAUUCUUAUCAACUGCUCCGUGGACAGCCGCUGUGCGGAGAUGCUUGUCUCUCGCCGAGUUGUGCGCAAGGCAAUGCGGUUGCUUGAAGGCAUUGAGGCCUCUGACCAUGCCAAUUCGCUAAAGAGGAGCCUGGAGGAGAUGACGCUUAUGCUUCUCAGCAACUUAACGGCAAGCCACAUCAUCGCAGUUGACGAUCUGCUACAGAUCGAAGACGAAGACCUCCGCGGGUUUUACCUUGGGAAACUGCAUGUGUAUUACAGCCGCUUUUUCAGCAACGGGGUGAAAGAAGAGGGAGAGGAUGAUGUCGACGACGGAGGUAGCGAAGGGAAAGAAUUGGGAACAACGAGAGCGGAAAAACUGCCUGCACGGGAUCUACAGAAGUGGAUUUUGCAGAUUUUGCUCAACCUGACUCGCUCCAGUGAGGGCCAGAUGCUCCUCACGGAGGAUGAGGAUUGGGACAGGACGCUUACGGAAUGUCUUGGCUCAUCUAAUAUGCGGCAUCGUCUUUUGGCGGCGCAGUGUUACCGCAACUGCAGCCUUCAGAGUGAACACCACGCGGCGAUCUUGAGGGGAAACUCUCUACGGGUCUGUGUAGAGCGACUGUGCGACGGUGGGGAACAGGUGCCGGGUGUGGAGUUGAUAUUGGCGGAGAUCGUGGCAGAGAUGAUGCGGUCGGAGGCGGGGAUGCAGUACCUUGAGGAGGUGAAUGCGAAGAAGCAUCUGCAGGCAGCAGUGGCGGGGAAGAAGGUAGACGAUGGGACUGCGGAGUUCAUUGAGCGACAUGUGUUGCCGUUCCUCGACGAUGUUGUCGAUGCGUACGUGGUGCAUGGAGGCGACACCGUCGAUUAA